GCAGAUAAAACUUAUGUUAACGAUGAGUUAGAGAAGAAAGCAAAUAAGACUCAUACACAUACAAGUUUUACAACUGUUGCUAUAGAAAGUAUUGAAGGAACGGUUGAAGAAACUGGUGGGGAUGCAUUAUAUUGUAAACCUCCUAACUUUCCACAAGGUUUAACAUCGGAUGACGACAUAACGACGAUGAGAAACAUUAGAUGUAAAGAUGUUUAUGUCAUGAAGGAUGAACAUAAUAUUAAAUUCACUGCUCAAGAUUUAUAUGACAAGAAAGCAGACAAAACAGAGCUUCAAACAUUAAAGACAGAAAUACUUCAAACAUUAUAUCCUAUAGGCUCUAUUUAUACGUCAAUGAACUCUACCAGACCAGAAGGAGUACUUGGUUUUGGAACUUGGACUCAAAUAGUCGACAGGUUUUUGUAUUGUGCAAACUCUUCAAAGGAAACAGGUGGAAGUAAAACGAUUUCAGGUGAAAACUUACCUGCACACAGUCACUACAUAGAUUUAAGUACAUCUCAAGCAGGUUGGCAUAAGCAUAAAUUUUGGGAUUGGUCAGCAAUGAAAAAAGGUAAAGGAUAUGAUGUGAAAGACGACGUUCAGUUUGCUAUAAAUUGUUUCUGGGGUAACACUCAGGGAGAUGGAAACCAUACACAUCGCGUUUCAGGGUAUACGCAAACAACGGGACAAAGUAAAGACUACAUGCCACCUUACAUGACAGUUUACGCAUGGUAUAGAAAUGCUUAG